AUGAGUCUCAUUGGUUCUGUUAUCACAGCAUCCAAUCUCUGUCUUUGUUGGAAAUGGGUGAAGUCUCAGAAACAUAUGUGCUCUGAUGCUUGUUCUGCUAUGAGAAGUUUUGUUGAGAAGAUGGGAGAGCUUGUGGAGCGUCACUGGCCAUUGGUGUGUAGUGGAUGUGGGAAGCUAUUAGGACUUAUUCGUCUGUCAAUUGUUUACUGGAAAGAUUGCAUUCUCAGGGGUUUCCGUUGCAGUGCCAAGUUGGGCUCAGCUUCUUUGCUUCUGAUAAUGUGGAGUUGCUUCCUUAGCUUGACUUCCUUAUCUUGCUUGCUCUAUGUUCUCCUCAGUAUGGGAGUUGCUGCAGCUAUUGUUUUGAAUCUUGGUUGCACUCCUGGUCUCUUUAUUGUAGGACUAUUUGGUAUUUUGAUUUUAUGGAUGUAUGCAAACUUUUGGAUCACCGGAACAUUGUUUAUUGUCGGAGGCUACUUAUUCUCCAUAAACCAUGCCCGUCUAGUGGUUCUAAUGGCGGCCUUGUAUGCAAUGUACUGUGUCGAAGUCAGACUUGGAUGGAUUGGUGUAUUGCUCUCAAUGAAUCUUGCUUUCUUGUCCAACGAUGUAUUAAACUGUCUUCUGCAAUGGUGUGACAACCUAAGUGAAAAAACACAACGUGAGGAACCAAAGAAAGUCGAAGAAACUAUCAUAGAAGAAGACUACGUAGGGGAAUUUGAGUAUCCUUCAGUUCCCGUUGAAAAAGAAGAAACCAAGAGAAAGGUUCAUGAGAAUAAGUCAUCUGCUGAACCAACUGCUCCUACUACAACUGUUGUUAAUAGCGUGAAGGAGAUUUCUAGUGUUAAGAUAGUGAAAGUAGAAGCAGGUUCAGCUGAUGAGAUGAAGAGAAUACUGAAAUGUUUGAAUCAUUACGAGGCGUUGGGGUUCCCUCGGCAUAAAAGGAUUGAUGACGCAGUGCUUAAGAAAGAGUAUAGGAAAAAGGCAAUGUUGGUUCAUCCUGAUAAAAAUAUGGGAAGUCCUUUGGCAAGUGAAUCAUUCAAGAAACUUCAAUGUGCUUAUGAGGUUCUUUCUGAUAUUGUAAAGAAGAGAGAUUACGAUGAGCAGUUACGAAAAGAAGAGUCUAGGACUAGGAGUGUUUGUCAGACAUCUCAUACUUCACAUCAGAGUGGUCCUGGUUAUCGAUCAGAAGAGUCAAGGUGUAUACAUUGUACAAAAUGUGGCAAUUCACACAUAUGGGUAUGCACCAGUAGAACUAAAGCAAAGGCAAGAUGGUGCCAGGUGAUUGAAUCAAAACCAGGCAAGAUGCUGUUAUUUGAAUGCUCUCUUUCAGACCAUCUAAUCUGGUUAAAUGUACAGGAUUGUGGUCAAUAUCAUCGAGCCAAAGAUGGAGAUGGGUGGGUGGAACUCAAAGGGACAUUACCCUUGGAGAGAGCACAUAAGAUUGAGAUACCACGUGCUUUUGUUUGUGCGGAAAGCAAAAUCUUUGACGUCUCAGAAUGGGCCAUUUGCCAGGGAAUGGCGUGUAGACCAAACACGCAUAGGCCAAGCUUUCAUGUGAACAUGGUUGGUUUAGAAAAGACAACGCAGAGAUCAAACUCUAGUAGGUUCCCUUGGGAUUUAGACGUUGAGAAGAUGGAUGAAGAUGAAGAAGAGUUUGAGCUUUGGCUUCAACAAGCACUUGCUUCUGGUCUCUUUUGUGAGACGUCAAAACGCAGGAAAAGCUGGAGCCCUUUUAAGUUGAGUCAGAUGAAAAGCAAGAAACAGUGGCGAAGAACAUCUACUUGAUUCUUUCAAAACUUUCAAAGCUCUUACCGUGGUUCAAGAAUCGAAGAACCUGGAUUCACAUUUCACAGCAAGUGAAUACAAAAGGCCUGAAGAUGAUCUCCUUUUUUGGGAUCUUUCUCUGUAAAUAGAAGCUGUGGAUUUUUUUUGUUACAAAUCUAAGUGUUGUGAAUUACUUGAAGAAAAAACAUUAAAGAAG